AGUAGGCUACAUAAGCUGCCUACUUGGCUGAUGUGGCAAAGCCUCUGUGACUAUUAAGGGAUAUUUGUAAAAGAAGAGAGACAUCCCUGAAUCCUAUAUAUUUAUAUACACAUCAGCUUUAUAAAUAUAUUUAUAAAAAACAUAUUUCUACGCGCAGAAAAAAGGGUUACGGAAAAUAACGAACAGUGAUAUACCGGCUGAAUAUGAAAGUGAUGGCACCCCGCCCACCCUCCCAUGCCUAUAAGAGGCGCUGGUGGAUGGCGGGCACGGCGGUGUUGGAGAACCUGCUGUUCUCAGCGGUGCUGCUGGGCUGGGGUUCACUGCUCAUCAUGCUGAAGCAUGAGGGGUUCUACUCUCACCUGUGCACAGAGAAUUUGACAGAGGGCAGUAACGUCACUGUGUGGGAGAGUGGUGUUUGGCUGAGCUGUGUGGAGCAGGAGGAGAUGCUAAAUCUGGGCUUCACCAUUGGCUCCUUCCUGCUGAGUGCUGCCACCCUUCCCCUUGGAAUCCUGAUGGACAAGUAUGGGCCCCGCCCGCUGCGCCUGGUGGGAAGUGCUUGUUUUGCUCUCUCCUGUGCCAUGAUGGCUGUGUCUGCAUACAACCCUGCAGCCCUCUCUGCGAUGAUCUUCCUUGCUCUCUCCUGCAAUGGCUUUGGAGGGAUCUGUCUGACCUUCACAUCACUCACGCUGCCCACCAUGUUUGGCAGCCUGAGUUCUACCGUUAUGUCCCUGAUGAUUGGAUCCUAUGCCUCUUCUGCUGUCACUUUCCCUGGUGUGAAGUUGAUAUACGAUGCGGGAGUGUCCUUUCAUGUCAUCAUGUGGGUAUGGUCUUUUAUGGCCUGCAUUGUCUUCCUCAACUGCUUCCUCAACUGGCCUACGGAGUCCUUUCUCACCCCUGAGGAGGCCAAGGAGAAGCUUAAGGUGGAUAACUCAGCCACAGAUGUGUGUCAUGAAGAUCACAUGAGCCCUGAGGUCAAACCGUUGAAGGUGGAGGAGGCAGACCAAUCACAUGAGAAGGUCACCAAACCUCCCACCCAGCCCAACUUGGUGCCAUUCCGUAGGUCUGUAUGUUCUCCUAUCUUCCUCUGGAGCCUUAUCACCAUGGGAAUGACUCAGCUGCGAUUGAUAUUCUUCAUGGGGGCCAUGAACAAGAUGCUCGAGUUCCUGGUAACCCAUGGGGAUCCCCACCCCUCAGAGCAAAUACAGAAUGAGGCGGAGGAGAAAGUGGGGUUCUACUCCUCCAUCUUCGGGACCCUGCAGCUGCUCUGCUUGGUGACCUGUCCUAUGAUUGGCUACAUCAUGGACUGGAAACUGAAGGACUAUGUGGACGAAGAACAGAAAAAAAUCCAGAAAAUCACCAAUGCCAUGCGGGCCUUCACCUUUACCAACUUGCUGCUGGUUGUCUUCGGAAUCAUCUCUCUUAUUGACAACCUUCCUUUACAGCUGCUCACCUUCAUCCUCCAUACAAUGGUGAGGGGGUUCAUCCAUUCAUGCUGUGGUGGGCUGUAUGCUGCCGUGUACCCCUCUAAUCACUUUGGGACCCUGACAGGCCUGCAGUCAAUGAUCAGCGCUGUCUUCGCCCUGUUCCAGCAGCUCCUCUUCAUUGGCAUGGUGGGGCCACUUGAAGGGGACCCAUACUGGAUAAACUUUGGGCUGCUCAUGUUCUCCAUGGCUGGCUUCCUAUUGCCAGGAUACCUCCUGUUUCUUCGUAGAAACUUGGUCCAGGAGAUGGCUGACAGUAAUGGCACCAAAUAACAUAGCAAUGGCCAGAUCACUCAGGAAGAUACACAAAUCUAGGAAUUACAUGGGAAUCACGUGACUGAUGAAAAUGAGUUUUUCUUAUUAAUUAUAAUAAGAACAACAGAUUGAUAAGAAUCAAAAAGUCUAUAAGUUUUGUUUCUUCUUGUUGUUGGUGUCAUGUGGUGUUCAUCUAGCUCAAGCCAUUUGAUUUCAAACCAAAGUUUAAAACACUUGAUUUGAUUUGAAAACAUUUGUCUCACUUCAACAAGUUGCAUUGGAUUGUUGUUUUAAUUUUUAUUUUUUGCCUGCAUGGUUAAGGUUACGUGUAGUUUUUGAUCCUUUUUUAUUUAUUUUGGUUGUAUUUGUGACAUAUGUAUAGCUAUCAUACAUAAGAGAUUUCUAACCACAAAGCUUGCAUUAUGCUUGAGUUCGUCCACAGUUCUGUCAUGUCUGUAUUAGAGAGAAAAACAGUGUGGUCAUCUGGAGGGGAAGAGCCACCGCUUCUCUAACUACCUCUUCCUGGAGUUCUGGUUCUCCAUUGCACAAGAGUGGCCUUUCAAAAUAAAAGCUUUGAAACAACUUCAACUUAACAAGUGCAGCCUAGUGUAGGUCACAAUCCUUGAUACUUUUCUAUGUGGUAACCCUCCACCCCCCCAUGUCAAAAAUGUUGUUCACCUCAAGAACACCUCAAAGAAUAAUAUUAGAAGUGUCUCUGGUUCUCACAUGGACUGUCACUAUUAUACUUUUUGGUUUUCAUUUGUUUUUACAACAAACACUUCAGCAUUUGACCUAGUGUGAAUGCAUGUAAUCUUCUACUGGACACAGCCAAUCUUCAUCAUUUACGUAUAAUGUGCUUUGAGGCAAGUGGCAAGAGUUAAAUUUGUACAUUCUUGAAUACGUCUUUAAUUUUCAUUUGUGCUUAAAUAAUUCAAAUAAUCUCUGACCACGUGUGGGUCAAUUAGGAGAAACCACUGGUUGUAUUUAAUAUUGGCGUAAAUCAAUAUCUAAGCAAAUUCUAACCAAUAUGCUUCCCCCUAGCAUGCAGCUGUUGCUGUUCUGUUCAUGGUUCCCACAUCUUUCUCUAGAACUGAGAAACCACCAGAUUUUCAAAAAUGUAUUAUGUGGAGUGUUUUGCAGAAAACAGUAAAUAUAUUAUGUAAAAUGUGUGUUUAAUGUAUAUAUUUAAAAAAAGGGAACUUCGUGUACAUGUUUGUUUGAUGUUGGUUGCAGCCAUGUUUUCUUUUUGGAGGAAACAUGCUGUUGAUUGCAUCGUCUUGUGGACACCACAGCCAAAGAAAGAGGUGUAAUUUGUUGUCAUUUAGUAGCACUGAGGUUGAGUGGGUGAACUGGGGGUGCCAUCUCUUUGCCCUGCCCCACCCCCAACACACACACACACACACACACACACACACACACACACACACACACACACAAACUGUUGGAUAGUUCUUGAAGAUUAAAAUGAAUAUUUCAGUGCACUAUUAAGAAGGUAUUAUGCAUAUGAAUGCCGAAGAGUGUAAUACUUCUGUGUGCUUUGUUGAAAAGAUAUUAACCUUUGGUUUGCAGAAAGUGUCUGAUGGAAGGCUGCAGGUUUGCACAUACCAGUUGAACACUCAUAACCCUUGAGCACUGAAUGUAACCUAAUGCUUCACUAAAUAUAUGGGCGUACAAAUAUUACCAAACAAAGUGUUCGGUAAAGUGCCCAUGAGUCCAUUUGGCAGGUGGACUCAGUCACUGUACCAACACUAAAGUGUUUUCAUAGCUGUUUUGAGGAUACAGAGCACCAACCCAAUUAACUUUUUGCUGCCACAGGAAUAUACUCAACCUGGUAUGCAUUAAAAUACUAUGCAUUUGCUUUGUUGGACUGAGUUGCAGUUCCCUUGCCUGACUUUGCUGAAGGGGGCGCUCUUAUCACAGAUUGUCACAGAUGUUUCAGUAUGUUUCUCUGUUACGUAGGCUGAUGUAACCUUUAUUUUUUAAGCUGGUUGCAGCACAACAUGUGUUACUUUAGUGAAUUAAAGCACUACGGGGUGGCAGAUGUUUCAGCCUGUGACCACAGCCUGUUGGCUGAUUUUCCCAGUCUAUGGAAGCUCUCCUUCCACUGUCACUGUCAUCACACAAAUUCUUUAGACACACCAGAUUCUCUGCCUCAGUGUUUCCCUACAUCAGCCUGGAGUUUCCAGUGCUGUAUUACUGUACAGAAUGUAUGGUAUCCCCAUAAUGUUUGGGCAGACCUAUCAAUGACCUUUCACAUAAUGCCUGAAAUUGGAAUGUUUUGGCUUCAAGGAUAUGCAGAGCUUUUCAGCUGUGAGAACAGCCGAGUGUCUGUUUGGCGUAAAGAGUCUCUGAUAGUCACCAGUGGAUGCUAAAAUGAUAAUGUCACUAGGAAGUGGGAAAUGUGAUUUUAAAAAAUUGUAUGAAGCCUUUUUUCUAUGCCAUAUAUACUUCUGCAAUCAAUGCAAAUGUUUGAAUUUUAAUACUGUAAUAAAGAAUGUAUAAAAUGUU